CGAACCUCUGCGCAGAUGUGGGUGUGUGAAGGAGACACAGAUCAGGAAUAGCAGUUGUUAAGAAAGUCACGAACUUCUGAGGCACGACAACACGCAAGAUGGCGUUGGCCAGUGACAAACUGUACAACGGAUACCUGCGGCGGAAAAUGCCAGCCAUUGUAUCCAAGGUGAAAGUGAAGGAAGUAAUGGUCUACCUGCCUUGCCUCACCGCUCACGACAGGGAAAAUAUAGAGGCAAAAAGAGAGACAUAUGGGAACUUUGACGCCAUGGUGCUUCUCCUGGACUGUCUGAAGAGGAGGGAGAAUUGGCCAGAGCAGUUUAUUGAAGCUCUGGAGUCGUGUGAACACCCAACUAUUGCAGCUGACAUCCAAGCAGAAUAUGACACUCUGAGAGGAGUUGACAAUCCCAGUCCCAGCUCCCCUUCCACCACUGUCACAAGAGCACACGUCCAUCCAGCACCACCGGCCGGUCAUCUGUCCGGUCCAGAGAGCCCUGGUGCUGCUGUUGCUCCACCAGCUGAAGCAUCAGACCCUCCAGAGCCAGCUGCGCAGACCUCACUUCCUCUGGAAGUCCCCAUGCUUCCACAGAGCCCAUCAGAGCAGCAGCCCAACAUACCCGAGGUUGUUUCUCCACCCAAGCCUGUCCCUGAGCCUCCACAGCCAAGUGAAACUGAAGUGGCAGCCGUUCCAUCAACACCUCCUCCGUCCCCAGAGACCCCACUCACUCCAGCUGACAGUGCACACAAAGGGGAGGAGGUCAUUGCUCACCAGGAGCCAGAGGAAAACUCUGAGUCAUACUUCAUGGAUGUCCCUGUGGAGGUAAACCUGAUGCCAGAGAUGACGCCUCCUGGGGUUGGACUGGUUGAAACAUACUCUCCAUUGCACCCUGAUCCUCUUAAAACAACAGGGACCACAGAGAUCAAACAGCCUGAGAGUCCACCUCAGGUAAACUCAGACGUAACUGAUGGAUCCUCUUUCCCCACACUGACCCCAGAGAAGCCUCCGGUACAGGACACCAUGCCUCCUGUGGACAAAGUAUCUGCUCCGGAGCCUGAAGAGACAUCUGAGCCUCCUACUAUACAGGACAUUGAAAACAGCACGGAGACAGAAACGGAAGCCCCACCUUCUCCUCAGCUUCAUGACGGUGGGAUAGACGCCUCCAUCACAGAUGACAACUCAUUGUGUCUGAGCAAGCCUGAUGUUCUGAUCAGCGUUCCACCACCACCCAGUCACAACGGUCCCACUCUGCCUGCAUACAACCCACCAGUGGAGCCCUACUCGGGUGACAGUGCGCGUGGGGAAAUAAGCGAUCCUGCACCAGAGUCGGUUUGCUCCCUCUCUGUUCCUGCAUGCUCUACUGACACCUCCACCACCAAGGACGCAGACUCUGGACUGCCAUGCCAGGAGAACAGCAUUGCGCUAAACCAACAGGAACCAGCAGACAACCACCUGGAGUCUACCUGUCAGAGUUUGGAAACGAUGGACGUGCAGGAGCAUGUGGUGCACUUAUCCGAGAAUGUGUCCAUCCUGGAUGGAGACAGUCCAAAUUCAGCACAAGCCAUCAACUCAAUCAUCAGCAGUGAAGCAGACAGAACAAUCACUCCUUCCCCACUGUCCCCCUUCACCACUAUCACUGCUGGUACUGAGUCAAGUUUAAAUGCCCACCCUUCACCUGAGCCUUCACCUGAGCCUGCACCGUCUGAGAAUAAACCGGAGCCACCAACACUGCCACCUGCAGAGAAAGAGAGGCACGCCUGCCGAUCAAAUAUAAAGUACACUGUGGCGGCUGCAGGAAUGGCUGCCUUGGCUCUGGUGAUGGCCUGGAAGUUUAAGAAGGGGACUUUUUUAAAAGGAUGAGAAGAUGUUAAAGCUUUUAAAAAGGGGUUUAUAUUGGUGCCUUAUUAUACUCAUUGGACUCGGAUGGUACGAGGCAGCCGUUUAAUGAUUAGUCAGAAUAUUAGCUGCUGGACCUUUGAUCAUAUCAUUACUUGCAAGUCAGUUGUUUGGUUUGACUGUGUUUUAUGAUUUUAAUAUUGAAUGGUGUUGACCUUUAGCAAAAUUUUACCCCUUUUUAUUCAAGUUACGACUUGUUAUGGAGCCUCUGGUGUAUGGUUGAGCUCUCGGGUUAUUUAUGCUGCACACAUUUGGUUUGUAGACUGCAGCCACUGUGUAGUUAUGUUAGAAAUAUUUGUGUGCGUGAUAUGCACUUUGACGAUAAGACUGUCGGCUGUCCUCCACUGACGAUUAUUGUGUCAAAGAGCAAACGAUUAUUGAAUGUGGACCAUAGAAGAGAGAAAAGGCGCAUCACACGUCUUAUUUAAGUGGGAAAAGGUGAAGAAAAUAGCUUAACUGUUGGUAUUUAUUUAUACACAUAUGUACAUUAUAUAGUUGUAUAUGGAUAUGUUAAGAAUGAAAAUAUUCCAAAAGCCACUCGUUAUAUCUCAGAUAUUCACUUCAGAUUCAGUCAGUCAGCCACAUGCUGUUAAAUCACAUAACUUUUAGUUAUCAGCAAAUUUAUCCAAUAAAAUGUUUUGUUGUGAAACAAAAUUCCUGUAAGUCCAAAGUUUCAUUCAAUGGCACUCUUUUGAAUAUUUAUUUUUGAAGGUUUUUGCUUAUUUCUUUAGUUUUGGUGUUCUUAGACGUUUAACAUGUAAGAGGCAUGAAAUAUAUUGCCUGUUGAAGAAUGUUGAAGAUAAUUAUUUUCCAUAGACUUUAUUCCUUUAAACAGAGGAAGGAGGUUUGACUGUCAGGGUUUAUUGUAAAUCUUAAUUUAAAAAGAGACCUUAGGAAAUUUGGGCUCUAGAGAUGUAGAUGAAAUAUAUAACGUCGCUUCACUUCAAGUGUUUAAGUGUAAUGUCAACUUAAGUUGUAUUUAAAUUUGUUUGCACUACUUCAAGCUAUGCACUGUGCAAUCUUAUCAAUAAACCUGAACUGUAAAGACAUA